AUGGCGAAGCCAACGAAGCGAGCAUCAAAGCAAACACCAAUCAAUCCAGGUGCAAAGCAGGCCGAUAAUUUUGAAACCCCGGCAGCUUUCACGCAAGCCCCAUCCUCACUUACUCAAUUCCUUGAAAAUCUCUCACCCGAGCAUGUCUACCUCAUUCACCUAGAUCGCCAGCCAAAGCUCGAAAAGCACCAAAUCUUUUUCGUCCCCCUUGUCCUGAAUAGUGUUAUACUCGCGCUCGUUAUUUACAGAGUGUAUAUCGGCAUAUUCACAUACCCGGAUAUCCUCAUUGCGAUCCUCGGCGGCGAUAGCCCCGCGAGAAUAGACCCCAAGAGAUCUAGUUGGAGUCUGAUAUCAAGCGUGCUCGCCCAGCGAACAUUCACAUUCCUAUUCGACUACCUUCUUAUAGCACUCUUUCUUCCCUGGCCGGUACGAUUUAUCACCGGUCCCGUCCGAUGGCGUCUGAAAGUCGGAUUCCAACGCGUUGAAAUCGUGGUGCGCAAGAGUCGUGCAUGGAGCGAAACUUUGAGACGAACAUGGAUCCGGGACGACGACGGUGCGAUGAAAGAGCGCAUUAUACCGGCCAUCACGCCCAUGCGGCUUCGAAAGACGGGAUAUUUGCUUAUAGAUGCGGAUUGGGAUCUUGAUUUUCCGUCGAUGACUCGGGCAUAUGACGAUGUCAAGACAGGCAAGCUUAAUUUCGGAGAUUUUGAAACAUGUGUGAUAGUCCACGGUGGUGGAAAUAAAGGCUGGCUCAUCUGGCGCGUGGAAGACCACGAGUUUGCCCAUCGUUCCGAUCCGUCUAUGGAAUUAACUCCCUCGGAACGCGGUAAGAUCGUCGCAUUUAAAGAUAAACUUACAUCCAUGGGGAAAGAGGAUUUGUUUUUCCGCUGGGUAGAGAUAAUACAGUUUGAGAGCACGCAGCCGGGGGGUUUUACAGCUGAAAGGCAGCAGAAAGCCAUGCUAGAAACGAAGGAGCUUUUCGAACAGCACGGAGUGGAUUUUGAACAGUUCUGGUCUGAGGUUGGGGGUAUGCAGGGCGUAUCCUUAUGA